GUGUAAUAUUGGAGCAGUGUGCGGUGGAGAUGGGUGUAAAGGGUAACACUUGGAGCAACACCACUACAUGUGGGAUGGAGGUGGGGUUACGCUGUAACAAAGACGGCACAGUCAACACCAUUGAUCUUCACAGCUCCAAUCUCACUGGAAGCAUCUGCUCCGAUAUAGGCAAGCUCACAACACUCAUUAUAAUCGAUCUGAGCUUCAACACUUUGCAUGAAUCCAUCCCUGCCAGCAUUGGCCAGCUCUCACGCCUGCAGAAGCUCAAUCUUGGUAACAACACUCUCACAGGCGCCCUUCCUGCCACUUUCUCUGCGCUCGACAAUCUUACAUACCUGUCGCUCAGCUACAACGGGUUCUCAGGAGCCAUUCCGCCUUCCAUCUCUAGCCUCUCCAGGCUCCAGUACUUCCAGGUGCGCAGAAAUUCUUUCAAAGGGGAGGUCCUUCCAACCCUGGCGUCUCUCACAAGAUUAAUUUCCAUUGACAUCGCACAGAACCAGUUCAGUGGAACUAUUCCCCCCGAUUUCGGGAGCCUGUCCAGUUUACAAAACCUUGAACUCUCUGAGAAUUGCUUCACAGGGACCCUCCCAGAGACUCUCUCCUCCCUUGGAAGGCUCUCUCACAUCGAUUUCACUAAUAACGCAUUUGAAGGUCCCAUCCCCUCUUCCUUUGCCAACCUCACCAAUCUUUACAUGUUGUCGUUUCGCCAGAACCAGUUUUCAGGAGAGAUUCCAUCCGAACUGGGAAACCUCACAAAGCUCACACUCCUGAGCUUCGACAUCAACAAUCUCUCCGGCACUGUGCCUCCAACCCUUGGUAACCUCGUUCAUCUAACAAACCU